CUUAUAGCUUGGAUAGGUCAAAAUGCUACUACUGAAUAAUUUAUCAAAACCUUAGAUAAAAACCUAUUUCAAGCGUAUAUAAAAAGCUCAAUCACUUAUAUCAUCCCACUGUGGACAUUUGUACAUUAUUACAAUAUAUUAACAUCCAUAUAGUCGAUAUUAAUUCAAAACUGAAUCAAUACCCAUACUUGUUUGUAUGCAGUAUUCUAUCCUCAUUGUUUUUGUUCUAUCAAUCGAUUCCACAACUUUAUCUUGCUAUUUAUCGUUCCUUCCUACCCUACCGUACCCGUACACUUUCAUAUAUACGAUGCUCCGCAGGCCUGCCACAACAAUAAAACUCACACCAGAAGAUAUUCUUGAAUAUGAUGAUGCCUUAUCAAGACAUUCUCAGCUGGCUCCUUAUAACGAACAAUCAAGUCAUAAUGAAGAACAAGAACAUACUAUUUUGAAGUUUAAAGAUUUACCAGAUGUUUCUGUUACCCGUGAUGAACGUAUAGGAAGCACCGCUAGACAGUGAGCCUGUACAAGGUGGGAAUUCCUCACCUCUAUUUUUAUGACUUUAUGAAAAACACAACUACCACCUUCUUAUUUGCUUAUUUGAUUUUAUUUUAUUUUAUAGAUUAUUAUCCUUCUAUAUAAUCAGCUAAUAUACAUGAGGGUGAUGAUCUUCCCUAU